CCGCUAACAUCUUCCCCCCCACCUCCCCUCUCGGCCUUUUCGUGAUACGCCCUACGCCCGCCGUGACAUGAGGCCUCUCCUCAGAUCCAUUCUGCUUGCAAGGCCUUCCGGUUCCCCUCCCGCAUCCCGGAUCCUAGACCUCCGUCAAUUGCACCUGAACCCAAGGUUAUUACCCUGUAUCCGGCGUCAGCCCCAGCAUCCGCUUCGACUCUCCCAACAGCACUUCCGAUGGUUUUCUUCCGAGGGAAAGGCUCCCGGCAACGGUAAUAUUGGGGAUACCCCGUCUCCGGAUUCCUCCGCCGCCCCGUCGAGUGCCCCUCCUCCUCAGCCCGAGCUCAAGAACCCACGUCUAAAUAUGCCCAGGAUGUUCUCCGCUGCCGUGGAUGAUUUACAGGCAGCCAUGUUUAGCGCCGGCCAGAAAUUGAACGAGAUUACAGGAUAUUCUGACAUCGAGGCACUGAAGAAGUCGAUUGAGAAGCAAGGUACCUUUCUUUCUUUCUCCCUUCUCCUCCCUUCUCCCCCCUUUCCCCAACCCUUUCCCGGACUUUUCUCCAAACAAUUCGUCACUCAAUUCCGUGCCUUCCCGUUCCUUUUUCAAACGCUCUCUCACCCACAAUUACUUUUCUCCAUGAAUCCCUACUACAACGUUCCUUUUGAUUCAUGAUGCCCCUCGUUUCUACCUCCCUCUCCGGCGAUAUCUUGACAAGUGUGAUAUAAUAGAACCUAGGUCCAUUUGCUAAAACAAAAGGUCCGUUUUUUUGAAACCCGCUCUAGAGCAACGCGUGAAAGCAUCUCGCCAGGCCGUGCGGAAGGGGAAAGAGGAGUACCAAGCCGCGAUAAGUCGUCGGUCGGCCUCACAACGUGAGGUUAACGAACUACUUCAGCGGAAACACUCCUGGAACCCAACAGACCUCGAGCGUUUCACCGAACUCUAUCGAUCAGAUCACGCGAACGAGCAGGCCGAAACCACUGCGCAGGAUCUGCUCGUCCAGGCGGAGCGUGUUGCCGAUGAGGCUCAAGAAGGCCUUGCCCGUUCUAUCCUUGCCCGGUAUCAUGAGGAACAAAUUUGGAGUGACAAAAUUCGAAGAGCGAGCACUUGGGGAACUUGGGGAUUGAUGGGUUUCAACGUGCUGCUGUUCAUCGUUGUGCAGUUGGGAUUGGAGCCUUGGAAGAGAAAACGGCUGGUGGGUGGGUUUGAAGCGAAGGUCCGGGAGGUUAUCCAGGAAGAGGGACUUAGGAACGCAAAACGAUUGAAGGUUCCACCUGUGGUCGAAGAAGGUAGACCUUCCGGAGUAGUACAGUUUGCCGCAGACGAAACUGCUGCGAUUGACGGCGAUGUUGCCGUAGCGGUGGAUGCUCUUGAAGUAGCUGCCGUAGAGGAAGCUCCCCCUGUAGCUGUAGGGGUGGAUGCCAUAGAGACUACCGCGGGAGAAGAUAUAGCGCCGAUUGAAGCUGCCGUGGAGGUACCAGCAGAGCCGGUGGCAGAAGAGCGACCGUGGAUUGACUACAUCAAAGAGGAGGUGACGGGAAGAGUCGAGGAACUCUUUGGCGAGGAAGUAGUAGCGAUAAAACGAGUUGACCUGACGGUUACAAUCCUGGAGAGUGUGGCACUCGGAGCUUUUAUCACGGCUACACUAUCUUUACUAUGGUCUGGCAGGUAAGACUAACCAUAGCGACAGCAUUCCGCAUGGGGAAGCAUAUUUGCAUUGUCAUCCUUUAUCUUCCGUCCUUCGUUCAAUUUAGACAAAAAGAAAAAAGACUUGAAUCGUGUCCCAGGCCACUCCCCGCAUGAUUUCGCUCGUGGGGAAAUUCUUGGCUUUUCUUUUUUUUUUUGCUUUAUUACCGGCAUUCCAAUUCAUAUCACUAUUGCCUCAUUGUUUGCGCUGUAUUAUACAGGACUGUUUAUAUCGGGUCGGAGAAUGUACGAGUAGCGGGAGGUGGAUGAAAAGAAAAAUUGCAUCUCAUAUGCCGUUCGUUGGCUGCGGGGUUGUGGUUUCCUUGUGCAUUCCUGAAGGGGGUAUGAGGAAAAUCUGCUCGGGAAAGUGUAUCCAGAUUUUUCAUUUGUUGCCUCAAAGAAGCGCAUGACAAGCUCGCUACGGGAGGCUAGAGU